AUGUCGAUGCCAACAAGCUCGGUCAGGAUCUGCGCGCCCUGUCGCCGUGUGGCCCUGCUGCAGCACCACCUGGCACGCACCGCCCGCCUUCCCUCGCCGCGCCUCUUCUCCUCGACGCCCUCGGCGCCGUCGCAUGAUAACCCCCUCGGCCUUCCGCGCAACAACGAGAGGAGACCACCCCAGAUGCCGCGACGGGGCACCGGCGUACCGGAAAAGCGGUCCAUCCCGUACGUCAAAAAGGUCCUCGCCGUCUCGAGCGGAAAGGGCGGCGUGGGGAAGAGCACCAUAUCAGCCAACCUGGCGCUGGCGCUAGCUCAGACGGCCGCAGACUGCCCCUCGAGCAUCUCUGCGUCACCGCGCAAGCCGAGGAUCGGACUGCUGGACCUCGACAUCUUUGGACCGAGCGUGCCCAAACUCAUGGGUCUCGAAGAUGUCGGCGAGCCAGAACUGACGCAGGACGGCGGACUGAUCCCGCUCGUCAACCACGGCAUAUCGUGCAUGUCGAUGGGCUUCCUCCUCCCACCCGGCACGUCGGGCUCCAACGCCGACACACCCGUCGUGUGGCGCGGCAUGAUGGUCAUGAAGGCGACGCAGCAGCUCCUGUUUGACGUCGACUGGCGACGCGGCGCCAGCCCCGAUACGCCCCGGUCCGACGCCUCGAACUCCUCUCCUGCUACCGCCGCAGCCGCAGCCGCGACGACGUCGACGACGCCCGCAGAGGAUUGGCUCGACGUCCUCGUCAUCGACAUGCCGCCGGGCACCGGCGAUGUGGCCCUCAGCCUGAGCCAGCUGGUCAAGGUCGAUGGCGCCGUCGUGGUCAGCACGCCGCAGGAGGUGGCCCUCAUCGACGCUCGAAAGGGCGUGUCGAUGUUCAACAAGGUCAAGGUGCCCAUCGCCGGCCUGGUGCUCAACAUGUCGCACUUCGUCUCGCCGGAUACGGGCAGGGCAUUCGAGCUCUUCGGGCCAUCGCGACCCUUCGACGACUAUGCCCAGCAGCGCGGCCUGCCCAUCCUCGGUCGCAUCCCGCUACAGCCCGACGUCAGCACCGGAGGAGACAGGGGUCAGCCCACUGUCCUGCGCCCCACUAUCCAGGUCGAGAGCGGCAACGGCCAGGUCGGAGGCGCUGCCGAGACGAGGGACAACCUGGCCCGCGACGAGUUUCUCGCCAUCGCCAAGCAGUGCUGGCAGAAGCUGGCGUAG